AUGAGUACACCCGUUGAGAACAAAAAGCGUAAGCUUUCGAAAAAAUCAGACGAUAAUGCUCAAAACAAGAAGAAAGUUCAUUUUUCAUUUGAUAACAGCGAAAAGGAAACUCCAAAAAAGUUGGAUUUCAAUGCAUUAUCAUCAUCUCUUAAAUCUCGUGCCAAUGAAAAAUUAGCACAAGUUGCUGCUGCUAAACGUCAAGUACGAAUUAAACCUGAUCGAACAAUGUUAUCAAAUGUUAAAACUAUUAAAAAACAAUUAAAAACAAAACAAAAACAAAUGGAAAUUAAGAAAAAGAAAAAACAUAUUAAUAUUGUUCAAGAUAAAGAAAAUACAACAUUUCGACAACGUUUAAAAGAACGACAAAAAUUACGUCGUGGUGUUCUUUAUGAUAUGGCUGAUAAAUCGAAAAAAAUUUGGGAAAUUUUACGUCGAGAUGAAACAACAAAUGAAGUACGAAUAAAAUUAUGUUCAGAAUUAAUGAAAUUAAUUGAAGGAAAUGUUAAAUUUUUAUCAAUGGCACAUGAUACAACACGUGUUAUUGAAUGUCUUAUUCAAUUUGGUAAUGAACAACAAAAAAAUUAUAUUUUCGAACAAAUUCAAAAGGAUAUACCAAUAAUGUCAAAAUCACUUUAUGCUCAUCAUGUUAUUAUUAAAUUUUUAACUCAUGGAACGGACAAUCAAAAAGAUUUAAUAAAAAAAAGUCUCUAUGGUCAUGUCUGCAAAUUAGCUAGACAUUCAAUUGGUUGUCGUGUAUUGGAAUAUUGCUAUAAUGAUGUUUGUAAUUCAGCAGAACGUUUUCAACUUGUUCAAGAAUUUUAUGGUCGAGAAUAUGCUGUUCUUAAAACAACUGAUGUGAAAAAUAUUGAAGAAUUACUUGCAAAUAAAGCAGCUACUGGUCAACGUACAAAUGUACUUGAAUAUAUGCAAGAAAAUCUUAUGGCUUGUAUUCAAAAAGAUCUAUUGAGUACAUCAAUUAUUCAUCGAGUUAUGCAUGAAUAUAUACGAAAUGCGAAUGAAAAGGGUCGAGAAGAAUUAAUCGAUGCCAUAAAAGAAAAAUUAAUUAAAAUGAUUCAUAGUCGUGAUGGUGCACGUGUUGCAAUUUAUUGUUUAUGGUAUGGAACAAAUAAAGAUCGAAAAUUAUUAAUAAAAAGUUUUAAAUCAUUUGUGGUUAAAAUUGCAAAAGAAGAACAAGGUUAUCCUGUUUUAUGGACUAUAUUUGAUGUUGUUGAUGAUACAAAACUUGUUUCAAAAAUUAUUUUACAAGAAUUAAUGUCAAAUUUUGAUGAAAUCAUUAAUGAUUCACAUGGUAAAAAAGUACUUAUGUAUUUAAUUGCACCACGUAAUACUAAACAUUUACAAUAUGAACUUGUUCAAUUAAUGAAAACAAGUGAUGCAUUAAAUACUAGUAAAAAAGAUUCUGAAAUUCGACAAAAUGAAUUAUUUGAAUAUUGUAAAUCAUAUUUUUUGGAAUAUUUUACAAAUAAUAUUCUUGCAACAUUAAAAGAUGGUUUUCGAGGUUUUAUGAUGACUGAAAUGAUUGAAAGACUUUCACCGGAUGAUAAUCUAUCAGCAUUUUAUACAUCCAUAAGUAUAGUAUUAAGUACAUCAUCUGUUGAACCUCAAGCAGAAACAAAUCUUAUUGAACAUCAAAUUUCUCAUAAUGUUUUAAGACAUUUAAUUAUAGCUGAUGGAAAAAGACAAAAAAAGAAUAAACAUAAUGAAACACUUGUAUCAACAUUAUUAUCAUCAAUUUCACCUGAUAAAUUACGUACAUGGAUAUUAUGUAAUCGUGGUUGUUUCAUUUUUGUCAUGAUGCUUGAACAUGGUCAACCGGAUGAAUGUAAACAAAUUCGAUCACUUCUUGUACCAUCUGCUAUUGAUACACUUAAACGGCAAACAUUUGCUGGAGCUAAAGUCCUUGUUGAAAAAUUGUUAUCUUCUUCAUGA